UUGACGCCUCUCGUGAGGCCACCCCGGAAGUGGCUCGCUCGGUGUUCUCCUAGCGAGCCACAUGACAGCGGCUUAGAGGAGGACGGAGUCAGAAUGGCGGACAGCGGCGGCGGCCCGGCAGCUCGGACGGUCCUGCAGCAGUGCCUUCAGGCCCGCCUCCAGGUCCAGCCGGCAGGAGAACAGUCCGAGGCUCAGUACGUCCAGAUCAACAGAGGAAUGGUGAUCUACGUCUGCUUCUUCAAAGGAGCCACAGAGGACAUGCUGCCCAGGAUGGUGUCCACGCUGUUGAACCUGCGUCUGUGUGAGUCUUCCUCUGGGAAGUUGGUGUCUGUGCUGGAGCUGCCCGGCAGUCUGCUCAUCGUUCCUCAGGCCACCCUGGGUGGGAGGCCCAAAGGCCGGGCCAUGCAGUACCACCAAAACAUCAGCAAAGAGGACGGCUUGCGGCUUUACAGCGCCUUCGUCUCCAUGUGUGCGAAGGAGCUGGCGGCGGCCGCUGCCUCAGCCGAUGUGACGGUAAAACAUGGGACGUACGGAAACAGACAAGUCCUGAUGCUGGACACAAACGGUCCCUACACUCACCUGAUGGAGUUCUGAGGCUGUCCGGUCGUUGGAGUCCCGCCCACGUCCUCCCCUGACCUUACCAGGACCUGCAGAGGAUGGUUUCUGACGCAAAGCGGCCGCUCUUAUGAAUUCAGGCUACACACAUGGGAUUGAACUUUCUUGUUUAUUUGUUUUUUUAUAUUUUUUGCAAUCUUGGAUUUUUUUUUGUAAAAAUGUGUAGAAAAUUAAAGUUCUGGAUCAUGUCCAGGAUCAUGUUCCAUGUUACCAUUCCUCAUUUAUCAGUUCAUCAGCUGGACAUACUGGUUUGUAAACUAGUAACCAACUCAUCUGGGCAGACUGUCCUCCAUAAGUAUUUAUACAUGCAUUAUAACUGCUCCCUCAGAGAGAGAGGUUGGAGAGUCUUCAGAGUAAGAGCAGAGAUCCAUCAGAACACCGUCAUGAUGACGGAGGCAGAAGGUUUGACUGUGCCAUGGCUUCUUUGGUGUAGAGCUGUCCCUGCUGACAGUUUGUGAGACUAAGAAGUAAAAAUCUGUUUUAUUAGCACAGCUUUUCUUUCAUUAAUAAAACCCCAUACCUGGGUGUUGUGGUUUUAAAACCAGACGUAUCAUUUUCAUGAUGUCUAAGAGGGAAAACAGGAAAUUACCUGCUUUGUGUAUUUUUAUUACUAUUUAAUUUGUUUUUGGACUGACCAAAUAAAAAUAUGAAAUUACAGAAA